AUGCAGGGCAAGCUUAGCAUUCUUGCGCUUUGCGCGGCUUCCACUGUGGAACGCGCUGCCGCUGCUUCCUAUCAUCGCCACAUGCACCCUAAGCGGGAUAUCGCAUGGGUUGCGACUGAUACCGUCGUCGUCACUGAGUAUGUAACCAUGACCGUCACCGAAGGCGAGGAGCUAGCCACCAUACAGACUGCUGCAGCCCCUUCUUCUACCCAAAUUGUCAAUGUCCCAGCUAUCGAGUCGGUCAUCCUAUCAACCACUUCCAUUGCCAAGGUUGAUGUUCCCACUACUGUGGCGGAGCCAACACCUUCCACUAGCAAAACCACGAUGGCUACCUUGGUCAAGGCUUCCUCAAUCACACAGCCUGUCGAAUCUCCCGCCAUUCCUACCGACAACGCUGCCGUGUACACUCCUGCUGAAGUCGUAUCCACCGCUGCCCCGUCCAUCAGUGCAGCAAAUGUCCCUUCAUCAUCAUCAUCCAGCUCUGGAACGAGCAAGCGAGGUGCCGCCUACAACGACCCAAGCCUCGUCAGCACUCUCCUAGGCAUGACCAACAAGAUCUCAUGGGCCUACAACUGGGGAUCAAGCCCUGGCAACCUUGACGCUAGUGUUGCUUACUACCCCAUGCUUUGGUCCCCGAUUCCUGAUCACUCUAACGAUUGGACCGAGAAGGCGGAAGCCGCUCUUGCCAAGGGAUCCGACUGCCUCCUCAGUUUUAACGAACCAGAUAUCCCUAGUCAGGCUAACAUGUCACCUGCGGAUGCUGCAGCCGGACACAUCAAGUUCAUGAACCCCUACUCUGGCCGAGCCAGAAUUAGUGCGCCUGCUAUUUCUAGCAGUGCUAACGCGAACCAGGGUGUUGACUGGCUUGGCCAGUUCUUCACCGCCUGCGGCGGCCAGUGCAAGGUUGAUUUCUGCACUGCCCAUUGGUAUGGUCCCGGUGGUGACGCCGGAGCGGCCGAGUUCUUGACCCACGUUAAGAAUGUGCACACGGCUUGCCAAGGAAAGAACGUCUGGAUCACGGAAUUCGCAGCAGAGAGUGGCGAUACUGACGCCUUCAUGAAGGCGAUCACGCAAGGUCUAGACAGUGAAGAGUACAGCUUUGUUGAGAAGUAUUCGUACUUCAUGCUGAAGGAGGGCAGCCUCAUGGAGACAUCUUCAACCUUGAGCUCCUACGGCAAGAUCUUUGCCGGCGUUGCCUAA